GUUGUUACUCUGACUUUGCAAAGGCGGGUACAAGAAAAAGUUAUUGAAAAAAUGUUACGUGAAAGAGACAGCUAUAUGUUUUGUUGCGUUAUCUAAGUUCAUUGAACAAGUACAUUUUUGUCGUGAAGAUUGACCGUGAACCUGAAGUUACGCUCAAAAAUAGUGUCUUAGUAACUGUGAAAUUUUAUCAGUAUUAUGUAUCUGUGAAACAUACGUGGAACACAAUUCUUGAGCUUAUAUGUGGGACCCAAAUAAUAUAAGACUUUUUUAAAAUAUAAAAUGUCAGUGAUUGUUGAGAACGGGAACGGGAUGAACAAUCCCCCGGAACCUACAUCGUUAUUAUCAGAGACUGAUUCUUGUACAAGAUUGGAUGUAACUGGCAGUGUAGUAGACGGCUUGACAGAAGAAAUGGAUGGUGUUAAAUACACUGUGUACAAAUCUAGAUGGGUAAUGCUCGUGUUAUUUGUGAUAUACUCUGCGUCAAAUUCGCUGCAGUGGACCCAAUAUACUAUAAUACAGGAUAUAGUUGUGAAGUACUACAGUGUGCCGAGUACUGUUGUGUCGUGGACCUCCAUGGUGUAUAUGAUAACAUACGUGCCUCUUAUAUUUCCCGCCAGCUGGCUACUGGAUAAAAUGGGUCUACGUGUGACGACUAUCAUCGGUUCGUUCGGGACAUGUCUGGGAGCGUGGCUGAAGGUGUUCUCGGUGCCACAAGACAUGUUCUGGCUGGGUUUCGCUGGACAGACCGUGGUUGCGGUGUCGCAAGUUUUCAUACUGAAUGUACCGCCACGACUUGCCGCAGUAUGGUUUGGUGCCGACCAAGUGUCCUCUGCCUGCAGCAUCGGUGUAUUUGGUAAUCAGUUGGGCGUGGCGCUGGGUUUUCUGCUGCCGCCGAUGCUGGUCCGCGCGACAGGCACGCCGGAGGAGAUGGCGGCUGACUUCCGACUCAUGUUUUACCUCGUCGCCGGAUUUACCAGCGUGCUCUUUGUAUUUAUCCUGCUCUUCUUUAAGGCGGCCCCGCCGUCGCCGCCGUCUGCUGCCGCAGACCUGGGCUCCAGCUUGGACUCAAACUUCCUGCAGUCCAUCCGCAAACUGUUCAUGAAUCGCAACUACGUGCUGCUGCUGCUCUCUUACGGCCUCAAUGUCGGUGUUUUCUACGCCAUCUCGACGCUACUCAACCAAGUCGUGCUCACUUAUUACCCGGGUGCGAACGAGGACGCCGGACGUAUCGGUCUGGUGAUCGUAGUGGCGGGUAUGGCAGGCUCCGUGGUGUGCGGACUGGUGCUGGACCGUACGCACCGCUUCAAGGAGACCACACUCGCCGUUUACGUCGCCUCCGUGCUCGGGAUGAUCAUCUUCACCUUCACCCUUGACUGCGGCAUCAUCGCCGUCGUCUAUCUGAGCAGCAUUCUACUCGGUUUCUUCAUGACCGGCUACCUGCCCGUGGGCUUCGAGUUCGCCUCUGAAGUGACUUAUCCUGAACCCGAGGGCACCACAUCUGGUAUUCUAAAUGCUGUCGUUCAGGUGUUCGGCAUCGUGCUGACUCUGGCGUACGAGCGCAUGUUGGAGGCGUGGGGUGAUCGCUGGUCCAACCUGACGCUGUGCGCGCUGCUCGCCCUCGGCGCCGCCAUCACCGCCGCCAUCCGCUCCGACCUGCGCCGCCAGGCCGCACAGAACAAGGCCUAGGCCGGCCUAGGGCUGCAUCGGAACGCUCAGAAGGAGCCCGCUUACAAGAAACCAGCGUUUAUCUCGCACAAGAGGAUGCGAUAUAAUGAUCUCUAUGGUUAAACGAAGAUCGAAAUUUUAAACCCUAAUAAUGCAUUUUACGUAGCCGACAAUUUGUAGACAUGUUGAAAUAGUUGUGAUGUUUUUAAUUCCUGUUAUAAUAGGAACAUAGAUUAUAGAGAAGACAAUACAUAUUCAAGCUCAUAGCGUCAUUUAAGAGAUAUGUCGUCUUUUAUUUUGAAUCGAUUUUUUGAAUCGAUGGUAUUUGACAAAAAAUUGUUAAAAUCGUAUAUUUCGUAACGAACUUACAAAUAAUAAAAAAUUUAUUAUAAUGCAGAUUUAUCUAGAGUCUAUUUGAACUGUAUUAAGGCCUAGAUAGAAUUUUUGUCUGAUAAAUUAAUGGGUCUAAUGAUCUAAAAAUCGAUUCAAAUG